CGUGACGAGGAGUUUUGUAUGUAUGUACAUUGUACAUAAAUCAGACGUGAGCGCCUCCUGCGAGUUGCGCAACAGCCGCGAGGAUUCAGCACCGUUGUAACUUUUUGGCGCCAACUGACAUUCGGACUGCAAGGCGCUGUAUAAAUCCGGUUCUCGUAACAAUUACGUUGAGAAAUCAUGCCGCCAAGGAAAGCAACAAAACGGUCUGCUGAAAUUGCUUCAAAAGGCCCAAAGGAGCCGAAACAAAUUAAGAAAAAACCAGUUAUUAAAACUGACUUACGGCAAUCUUCUACUGGCGGCGUAUUACUGACAUUUGGACAAGGCGAUGUGGGACAACUUGGUUUGGGAGAGGAAGUAGUCGAGAAGAUACGACCAGCCGUUAUUUCUGGAUAUCAAGAUAUUAUAGCAAUAGCAGCUGGUGGCAUGCACAAUGUGUGUCUAAGAGAAACAGGAGAAAUAUUAACUUUUGGAUGCAAUGACGAAGGAGCAUUGGGAAGAGACACGUCUGCAGAUGGUUCGGAAACCAAGCCAGGAUCUGUCACCCUGCCUGGCAAAGUUAUUCAGGUGACAGCUGGAGACUCCCAUAGUGCUGCUCUAAUAGAAGAUGGAAGAGCUUUCGCAUGGGGUUCCUUUAGGGACUCCCAUGGCACUAUGGGUCUAACAUUGAAGGGCAAUGAACGAUUUCCAAUAGAAAUACUGCCAAACAUAAAGAUAGUUAAAAUAGCAUCUGGUGCUGAUCAUUUGGUUUUACUUAGCGAAAAUGGAAAAAUAUAUACUUGUGGAUGUGGUGAACAAGGUCAGUUAGGCAGAUUAGCUGCCAGAGCAGCUAGUAGAAAUACCCGUCAUGGUAUGGGUCCAUUAUUAUCCCCGGGUCUAGUUGAAUUUAAAAUUACAAAGAAACUAGAAUUUGGUGAUGUAUGGGCUGGAACAUACUGUACAUUUGCUAAAGAAUAUCAUUCAGGAGAUAUAUAUGUGUUUGGUUUGAAUAAUUAUUAUCAAAUGGGUUUAAAGGAUCCUGUUACCCAGUUUCAUCCUCAAAUAUCAAAGACGUUUAGCGGAAGAACUUGGAGACACAUUAGUAGUGGACAGCAUCAUAGUAUUGCCCUUGACGACUCUGGCCAAGUAUUUGUUCUGGGCCGCAAAGAAUACGGUCGUCUUGGACUGGGAUCUAAUUGUUCGGACGCGAAAGAAUUAACACCAGUUCCCGCCUUAAGUUCCUUUAAAUGUGUCGACGUUGCAGCAGGGAGUGCUCAAUCUUUUGCUGUUACUGAAUCAGGAGAAUUAUAUGCAUGGGGCAUGGGUUCAAGUGGGCAACUGGGUACAGGAGAGGAGGAAGAUGUUGAAGAACCUAUAUUAGUUAAAGGAAAGCAGUUGGAAGGAAGAAUAAUAGUACGCGUAGCGGGUGGAGGUCAACAUACGUUAGCAUUAGCAACAACUGGUUUAAUAAAAGAAGAACACACUGAUCAAUGAAACGAAUUACAAAAUUUAAAGUGUCACUACGUGAUCAAAAUUUGAACAACGAAAAACUUAUUCC